ACCUUUCGGCAAACCCCUGAAGAUUAAACAAAAAUGUCGAAGCCUCAAGCAGGAUCCAAGUUCCGUCUCACUUUGGCUCUGCCAGUCGGUGCAGUGAUGAACUGCGCUGACAACAGCGGUGCCAAGAACCUCUUCGUCAUUGCCGUUCACGGCGUCGGAGCUAGACUUAAUCGUCUGCCAGCUGCUGCCGCUGGUGACAUGGUCGUUGCCUCCGUCAAGAAGGGAAAGCCUGAGCUGCGAAAGAAGGUCAUGCCCGCCGUCGUUGUUCGCCAGCGCAAGCCUUGGCGCAGACGCGAUGGUAUCUUCCUCUACUUCGAGGAUAACGCCGGUGUGAUUGUGAACCCCAAGGGAGAGAUGAAGGGCUCUGCCAUCACUGGACCGGUCGCAAAGGAAUGCGCCGACUUGUGGCCUCGUAUCGCCUCUAACGCUGGCACCGUCGUCUAAGUCGCUCAUUUCAAUGAUGGCGACAAAAUUUACAAAACCAUGACGCGCCCAAUGCCGCGCUCUCGCGUCACAGCUAGGAGUUGCGAAUCUGGCAAGCCUGAUUCGAUGACAACCAACACAUGUAACACUCUCCUGCAUUCCACACAUGCAAUACGAUUCCGGCCACAGCUUGCGCUUGAGAGUUGAGAGGAUGGACGCAGAAUGUGGAAGCGCAUGACCGCUUGCGGACUGGCAUUCGAUGCGUUUCACAGUGGGACUCGGUGGUAUAUGAAAACUAAGGCGGGAAAUGAGCAAUGAGAUCGCA